AAUAUAUCUCGGGACAAUCGUAUAAGGUAAGGUGCCAUGAUGAGGCAAAAGAUUACUGGCACACGGUGAUCUGUUUUCUAGAUUUCCAUCGAGCAUAGAAGAGAACGCGAGAUAGCGGAACAGGAGACAGAGAAAGUGCAUGGCGAGCAGAAAGUGUGGGAGGUGCGGAAGGAAGGAUAUUGAUCGCCGCGACGGUAGGAGUGCGCGCAUGGGAGAUCCUCUCUGUCCCACCCUGCGGCCUGCAUCCACCUAGGUGGCUGACGAUGGAACGUGCAUCGUGUCAGUCGGUACUUUAAGAACCAUACUACACCACGAUCGCAAAACGGUCUGACAAAUCGAGUGUUGGAAUCGGGAAGUCGGUCGGUGCUCUGCGCCAAGGGUGUGUCGCGCCGUGGACACUACGAGCCUCGAUGAACGGGCGCCGAACUACGCCGGCCCGAACAUUCAAGGACCGAACGGCGUAACAGGAAGUAGAAGGGACACGCGACGAAUCCAUUCAUUACUGGUGAUUUCACGAAGCCUCCACAUACAUGACAGACUCGUGCGCUCCGAUGUGAACAGUCAAAUAGGCACCGUCCUGCAUGUGUUACCGUUCACGAGAGUGUACAUGUAGUUUAUUGGCAUUGAUUGGGGACAGUAGACACGCGAAACGUUACAACCACGACACACAUACAUCCCUCAUCUGUUUUUUCUUUCCCGUUUUCCUUUCAUCGAUCCCGCCAACACUGAUAUCGUCAAUCGACUGUCAUUAGUGUUAAUUGAAUAAAUAAAAGGAAAGAGAGAUUGAGAGAAAGAGAUAAAAUCAGAAGAAACGAAACCAUGGCGAAUUGGGACUGGGAAGACACCGACUGGGAUUGGGAAGAUACGGAAGAAUCAUCUUGUGGAGAGGAACAGAAGCAGAUUAUCUCAGAACCAGAGAUUGACAAGGAGUGGCUUGGUGGUAUCCUAAGGGAAUUUCACAAAGAACCGGUCACAAUAACCGAAUGUAACGUAAGUCCGGGCUGUAUGAGUAAUGAAAGCGCGCUCAGUGCUAUAAUUCGUGUUAAAAUCAAGUACGUGUUGAACGACACAAAUACCACGCAAGACCUGUCACUUAUCGUGAAAGAGCUUCCAAAAGAUGCGUUCAGUCGUUUCUUUGUUAUCGAAGGCCAAUUCGAUCUUCGGGAAAUUAAAUUUUACACACAGGUCAUGCCUGACCUAAAAGAAUUUCAAAAGAAGCAACUAGCAUCCCAGGAAAAUAAAUCGGACGAGGAAAUCCUUCUGUCAGUUCCAGUCUGCUAUCAUGCACAUUACACACCAGCUGAUGAGUCAGACGACAACCCUACAACGCCAGAUUCUAUUCUCGUACUGCACGAUCUUCGCGAUUCUGAUUUUCGAAAUAUCAAAUUUCGCGAAGGAAUGACAUACGAUCAAACUAAAGUCGCAUUAGAUGCUAUAGCACGCAUACACGCGCAUUCUCUGGCAAUGAAAGUUGUCGAGGGAGAGCCUCUGUCCGAACGUUAUCCAUUCCUCUUCCAAACAGCAAAGGCAACGGACUCGUAUCAACAACUGGUUGAGCGUGGUUUGCCACAACUUGCCAAAUUUUUGAAAAGUACGCCAGGAUUAGAAGCGAUACUGGAGGCUCUACUUGUACUACGACCUAGAACUAAGCAUAUAAUAUCUGCACUCCUUGCGCCAGAAGGUCCGUUAGCCUUGAUCACGCACACAGAUUUCUGGUGUAAUAAUCUACUUUUCAAGGAAGGACCAUCUGGCCUUGAAUGCUGCAUCCUCGACUGGCAAAUGGUUACUUAUAGUAGACCGACUAAUGACAUUGCUCUGUUGAUAGUAAGUUCAUUGCCAACCGAAUUACGUCGCAAACAUACAGAAACCUUCCUUGAUAUCUAUUGGGAGGCACUAAUUGGGACGUGUUCUCGUCUCGGCGUCGACAUUCCGAAAGAUUUGGGCUACACAAGAGAAGACUUAAAUAAGGACUAUAGGCGAUCGCAACUCCUCGCUCUCUUACUCUGUAUUGGAUCUGUAGAUGUUGCUUUAGGCGAUGCAGAUACAGAACAACGCUUGAUCGACGUUUUAAAAGACCUUCAUAGUGAAGGUGUACUUACAGAUGAGACUGCGAUUGCUAAUAGCGAAAACGACCCUUAGUCAGCAUUAUUACUGCCUAUGAUAGUGUUGCAGCGAAUUAAUACUUCUACGCGAAAUGUAAAUCGAGAAAGCAAAAGUUAUAGAACUGAUUGUUCAACAGCUCGAUUCGUCUGCCAUUGACGUUACGAUUGCGAAUAACGUAAUACAUCUCAAGCAACAGGGCUUGUGUCGAUAAUUAUGUAAUUGCGGAAUCGAAAUCACGUUAAAGUUCGUUAACGUGGUGGAAAUAGAAUUGAUGUUAGACUCUUAUGUUUAAAAAUAUUUCGAUAUUGAAUUGUUCUUUCGAUAUGUACACCUAUAAUUUAGUAAGGACGUUCAGCAAACAGAAUAUCAAUAAACAUUGUAUGAAGUUUUAAAAUUAAAAGUGACUCGAAAUGUAAAAGAAUUGCUAAUACGUGCCAUAACAAAUAACAAAUUAGGAGUAACAUUUUCCUCCACGAGCCAGUUAAAUAUAACAAUCGUUUGAUUUGAAUUUGUUCUUUUAUCAAAAUUUCUUCCCGCAAUUACUAUUACGGCUAUACGUCCGACAUUCUGUUACUGCUAAUUCACAUACGCAAUAAUUAUAUUAUUCCAUUUCUUUGUACAAACUAUAUAAAUAAAAUAUACUUUGAUGUUGUCAUGAA